ACAUUAAAUGUGCACAUUAUAAAACACUGUACUCAUCUCCCACUCCUACCACACAAGGAGAACAAAGAGAAUGGCUUCGAAUGUGAGUGAGAUGAACAAGAAAGCAGAGCUUAUCUUCAUUCCUGCACCUGGGCAUGGCCACUUGGCCUCAGCCCUGGAAUUUGCACAGCUCUUAAUCAACCGUCAUAACCAUCUUUCCAUCACAGUCCUCAACAUCAGGUUCCCUCUUAUUCCUUCAGACUCAUACAUCAAAACAGUUUUGUCUUCACAGCCUCAGAUCCAACUCAUUGAUCUUCCUGAAGUAGAACCACCUAAUGAGGAGUUUCUGAAGUCUCCUGAACACUACAUCCUGACCUUCAUGGAGAGCCUCAUACCCCAUGUGAAAGCUACAGUACAAAACAUUUUAUCAUCUAAUCCAAACCCAGUUGUGGGGUUGGUACUAGAUUUCUUCUGUGUUCCCAUAAUUGAUGUGGGAAAUGAACUUGGUAUCCCUUCUUAUUUAUUUAUUCCAUCAAAUGUUGGAUUUUUGGGUCUCAUGUUAUCCCAUCUGAAACGUCAGAUUGAGGAUGUGUUCAAUGAAUCUGAUCCUGAGUUGUUGAUUCCUGGUUUCACCAAUCUAGUUCCUCCAAGUGUUUUACCUGAUGCUUGUUUUAACAAAGAUGGUGGAUAUGUUGCUUAUUACAAGCUUGCUGAGAGGUUCAGAGAAACCAGAGGGAUUAUUGUUAACACUUUUUCUGAGUUGGAGCAUGAUGUUAUUGAUGCAUUAUCUGAUGAUCAUACUCCUCCAAUCUAUGCUAUUGGUCCUGUGAUUGAUCUUAAAGGCCAUCCAAAUCCAAAGUUAGACCAAGCACAGCAUGAACGUAUCUUCAAAUGGCUAGAUGAGCAGCCAGAUUCCUCUGUUGUUUUUCUCUGUUUUGGGAGCAUGGGAAGCUUUGUUCCAUCUCAAACAAGAGAGAUUGCACUGGGACUUCAAGGUAGUGGGGUUAGGUUCUUGUGGGCUUUGCGUUCUCCACCAACAACAGAUAAUGCAGAUAGAACUUUACCAGAAGGGUUCUCAGAAUGGAUGGAACUGGAAGGUAGGGGAAUGGUAUGUGGAUGGGCACCCCAGGUAGAGGUUCUGGCUCACAAAGCCAUUGGUGGGUUUGUGUCUCAUUGUGGUUGGAAUUCCAUCUUGGAAAGCUUGUGGUUUGGGGUACCAACAUUGACAUGGCCUAUCUAUGCAGAACAACAGCUGAAUGCUUUCAGGAUGGUGAGGGAAUGGGGAUUGGCUGUGGAGCUGAGAUUGAACUAUAGAUGGGGUAGUGCUCUUGUAAUGGCAGAGGAGAUAGAGAAAGGGCUGAAAAACUUGAUGGAUAAAGAUAACAUGGUGCACAAGAAGGUGCAAGAGAUGAACAAGAUGGCCAGGAAAGCUGUCCUUAGCGGUGGAUCUUCUUUUACUUCUGUUAGGAAACUCAUUGAUAAUAUGAUGAACAGAAACUGAUGCUUUUUCAUAGAUGCAGUAGCUACAUCUUAGAAUAAAUGCAUAAAGAUGUCAUAGCAUAUGUAAACAACUAUCUCCUGAAACAGGCUAUCAUUCUAGUGGAAAAUGUUGACUGAAUCUAAACUGAAAAUUGAAACUAGUUGCAGUCUAUGUAUGAAAAAAAUUGCUUUCUUUC